UACAAAAUUUGGUGAACUAUCAUACAACAGUACAGAGUACACUGACUCUCUCUCUCUCUCUCACACACACACACACGCACUAAAGUGUCACUCGCGACUCCCGAGUAAAAAUUACUAGUAAAGAAAAGAAAAAAAGAGAGAGAAAGAGAGAAAUAAUUCAAUCUUUGACGAAAACGGAACGCAUAUGAUCUUCGGAAUUUUAAUCUAAAUGCUUAAUCAUGUUCCGAGCUUCUCCCCCAUCGGAUUCAGCAACGAAUGACCAACAAAGUGACAUGCGAUCUGAUUCCAGUGUAGUCGUACAUCCAGUUGUUGGUGCAGCAUGGAGAGGGAGGUUUAGUAUCCCCUGUCUGAAUUUAGACAUCAAUGUAGCUGCUCAUGUCUCCAAUAAGGCAUGCUUGAAAGUAUCGGAGGUAGCCAGUACAAUGCCCAAGUCAUUGUGCUUGGAAAUGAUUCCACGUAUUGAUACAUGGCCAGCAUCCUUUAAAGGUUCACCACCUACUGAACACAGUAUCGCGCUCUUUUUCUUCUCUAAGGGAAGAGAUGAAGAAGUUCUUGAUAACUUGGUGACUCAUGCAAUCUGCACAGACUUUGCCCUCAAAUCAAUGAUUGGCGAAGCAGAGCUGUUAAUAUUUACUUCUCUUCAACUCCCACAGAACCUUCACAGAUUACAGGGGAAACCUUAUUUCUGGGGAGUUUUCAGGGGACAGCAAGGUGCUGUUUCUCCUCAAACUGAAUAUAAUGUUCAUGGUCAAACCAUUAGAGCAAGGAAGAGUUUAUCUCCAAACUCAGGUUACCCCAAGAGCUUUAACUUGAAGGGGAGUCCAGACUCUUUUCCGAGCAAGAACAGUCCUUUAACACAAGUUUCUAAAGCUGAUAGAAGAGGAAGACGUUUAGAUGAUGCUUGGCAACAUGCCAAGCCAUUGGACUUACUAAGACAAAAGGCAGAGUGCCGGUAUUGUGGUUUUGUUUCUUCACAUGGUGGCAUUUCACGCCUUAAGGCACAUUUGGGGGGAGGGAACCCUGGGACCCGUCUACCAGGCUGCGAUAAUGUGUCUCCUGAAGUUAAGAAAGUCAUGGCUGAAUGGUUUAGUGAAUGGGUAAAAAAAACGAAAGCUCUUUGGACGAAAGACAUUAGAGCAGAAUCUGCAGGAUAUGUUGAUAAAAGGGGAAUGACUCGUGAUGCUACUCAGGGACAUGAUAAGCCAUUAGAUACCGUACCAUUUGAACAGACAGAUUGCAAAUAUUUUGGUGGUGAAUCUUUGCCUGGAGGAAUUUUACAUCGUAAGGUACAUUUAGGUGGAGGAUCAAAAAUGCACCAGGAGGAUUGGUAUAAGGUGUCUCCUGAAAUAAAAGGGAGCAUGUCUGAUUGGGUAAAAAAUUUGACAGCAUCUAAAAUGAAAAAAUCCAAAGCAGCUGGUGAACAGCCUGAGAGAAGGGGAAGACCGCUAGAUGAUGCCUGGGGACAUGCAAAGGCAUUGGAUGAUGCUAGGCAAAAGACAAGGUGCAAUCAUUGUGGCUUUGUUUCUACUUAUGGGGGGAUCUCGCGUUUAAAGGCCCAUUUGGGUGGAGGGUCUCCUCAAAUGCAGUUGCAAGGUUGCCCUCAGGUGCCACUAGAAGUUAAGAGGGUUAUGGAACAAUGGUUCAGUGAGUGGUCAAAAAACUCAGCAGCUGCUUGGACUCGAAACUCUAAUGCAACUCCUGCCAGACCUUCUAAGAGGAGCAAGCCAGAUGAUGCAUGGGAACAUGCUAUUCCGCUUGAUGAAACAGGAGAGGCCUCAAGGUGCAAGUAUUGCGGUUUUGUUUCUAAAUGUGGAGGAAUUGCUCGGUUGAAGGCUCAUUUGAGUGGAGGUGAUCGCAUGAUGCAGGUAGAAUGUUGCCCUAAUGUAUCUCCAGAAAUUAGAAAUUUGAUGGCUACCGGAAAAAAGAAACACAGGAAAAAGUCGAAAGGUGUACCCCUGGAUACCUUUGAAGGCGUAUUACAAGGGAUACCAAGGACAUCAAGCGAAGCGCAGUGGUCUGACAAGCAACGCUUCGUUCUCCAAGAAACUCUCGAUGAGAUCUCAAAUACGAGUGUAAAAGGGAGACUAAAAAGAUUAAUAGAAGCGAAGAAUGCCAAUGUGCAAGAGAUGCAGUUUGAAGUGAGUUCACUUCAGAUGCAGUUAGCUUCAAUUCCUUAGCAGACUUUAACAUUCAGGCAGCAGCUUUUUACAUAUAUAGGCAAAUAUUCCUACCUGACUACCUGGUUUAGGUAUAUGACCUAGUAACUUUGUAUGAUAAAAUCUUUAAAAAAGAAAAAGAAAUCGUUUGUAAGUGUUCGCAAUCAAAUUGUUGGGGCUUGUGUGUGUGUGUGUGUGUGUAGUGUGAUCACUGUGAUGGUUGUUUGUUUUAUUUUCCCCCUUCUUUUCUCACCUUUAGUGCGUCAGAAUGUAUCAUAUAAACUCGAGACGAGCUCUAUGCAUUUGUAGUUCAAUUUCUUUUUUGUUGAUCUUUUUAUCCUAUUUAAGGGUGUAAUCAAACUGAAUCGAAUAGCGUUAUGUUCAAGUUUAAUUUGUUUA